AUGGGGGCUAGAUUAGGCGAUGAUGGCAACUGGAUCGUUGAUUCAGGGUGUACCGAAUACAUAAGCUACCUUCUUAAUUUGUUUCAUGGCAACUUAAAAACAACACACGAACUACCGGUAAGAAUUCCAAAUGGAGACUCUAUACCUGUUAAAAGGAAAGGGUCAUCCACCUUACCAAAUGGGACUGAAAUCCGAGAUGUCCUAUACGUUCCAGAUUUUACUUGCAACCUAUUGUCGGUUAGUCGGCUGACUCGAGACCUUCAUUGCACUUUAACUUUCUUUCCGAACUUCUUCGUAAUGCAAGACUUGAAUUCGAAGAAACUGAUCGAAAUGGGUAAAUGUCAACAUGGCUUAUACCGGAUGAAGAUGGCCGAACGAGAAAGGAAGGCUAUGUCGGCAUCGGUGGAGUACAAUGAGACAAAUGAAGGCGAACCCUUAGUCAACCCUCAUGUUAAUGGGAAUGAAGAAAAUCAGAAUGGAGAGAAUGCCCACGGUCAUGAGGAUGAUGUCGGGACCAUCAGCCAUGAAGUUUUAGUUGAGGCAUCGUCGAACACCUCAAACAUUAAUGAUCACGAUCUUAACAAUACACAUAUUGCAGAACAUGAAAUGCAAAACACUGUUGGUCCUUCUGAACAAAACACUUCGGUUCGAGAGGAAGAAAAUGCCCAAGUUCGACCAUCCAGAGUUCGAACCCAACCAGCACGCUUCAACGAUUACAAUGUCAAGCUUCCCCCAUCGAUAGACCAUACUCGACCCACAGCUAAUCAAAGUUCAUCCACGCUACAUCCUCUAGCUUGUUACAUCUCUUAUGAUAAUUUUUCUCCCACCCAUAAAGCUUUUUUGUCAACUAUCGACUCAUGCGAUGAGCCCAAGACUUUUCGUCAAGCAUCACUGAACCAUGAAUGGCGAGAAGCCAUGAAGAAAGAAAUUAAGGCCCUUGAACAAAAUGGUACUUGGACUCUUGAGACGUUGCCCAAAAACAAAAGUGCGAUUGACUCAAAGUGGGUUUACAAAAUCAAGUAA